AUCCUUUAUGGCAGAAGUGCCACUUUCUCACUACUACGUCGUCGUUUCGUCUAUGAACUACCUUCUCCCUCUUCAUAUGCUCCCUUCAUUUUCCACUGAUUCUGAAGCCCUUUUCUCCAACCUUCCUAAAACCUCCCAUUUCCAUUAUUCUCUUCGCAUGGAGAUCGAUUCUGCCGAAUAUCGAUUAAGCUGUGUGCUUCACGGUCACGAAGAAGAUGUUCGCGGCAUUUGCAUUUGUGGCGACGCCGGAAUAGCGACGUCGUCUAGAGACAGGACUGUGAGGUUCUGGGCUCUCGAUCCAUCAGCUAAAUACAAGGUCACUACGUCCAAAAUACUACUUGGGCACUCUAGCUUUGUGGGUCCGUUGGCAUGGAUCGCUCCCAGCGAGGAUUUUCCUCAAGGUGGACUUGUGUCCGGUGGCAUGGAUACUGUCGUUAUGGUCUGGGAUUUAAGAUCAGGCGAGAGAGUUCAUGCAUUGAAGGGUCAUCAACUACAAGUCACUGGGGUUGCGUUGGAUAAUGGGGACAUUGUGUCCUCGUCUGUUGAUUGCACUUUAAGAUGGUGGAGGAACGGCCAACCUGUGGAGUUUCGGGAUGCUCAUAAAGCAGCAAUUCAAGCAGUGAUCAAGCUGCCUUCAGGCGAGCUUGUUACAGGCUCAAGUGAUACAACUUUAAAGCUGUGGAAGGGAAGAACAUGUGUACACACUUUUACUGGGCAUACAGAUACAGUUCGAGGCUUGUCAAUGAUGCCUGGUUUGGGAAUUCUUUCAGCAUCACAUGAUGGUUCUGUCAGGUUAUGGGCACUAAGUGGUCAAGUAUUAAUGGAGAUGGUUGGUCAUACUUCGAUUGUUUAUUCUGUUGACUCGCACAUUUCUGGACUUGUUGUCAGUGGCAGUGAAGAUUGUUGUGCCAAGAUAUGGAAAGAUGGGGUAUGUGUUCAAAGCAUAGAGCAUCCUGGUUGUGUUUGGGAUGCUAAAUUCUUAGAAAAUGGAGAUAUUGUCACAGCAUGCUCUGAUGGAGUUGUACGUAUCUGGACAGUAAAUCAAGAUAAGAUUGCUGACUUGGUAGAACUUGAUUCAUAUGCUUCCCAACUUUCUCAGUACAAGUGUCGCAGGAAGAGGGUUGGAGGAUUGAAAUUGGAGGACUUGCCAGGGCUAGAAGCUCUGCAAAUACCAGGAACUAGUGAUGGCCAAACAAAAGUUGUCAGAGAAGGGGACAAUGGUGUGGCAUAUGCAUGGAAUAUGAGAGAACAGAAGUGGGAUAAAAUCGGUGAAGUUGUUGAUGGACCUGAUGAUGGCAUGAAGCGUCCUAUGCUUAAUGGAAUUGAAUAUGAUUAUGUUUUUGAUGUUGAUAUUGGAGAUGGUGAGCCUAUUCGUAAACUGCCAUACAAUCGAUCAGAUAAUCCAUAUUCUACUGCUGACAAGUGGCUCCUCGAGGAGAAUCUUCCUCUAUCCUACCGUCAACAAAUAGUAGAGUUCAUACUGCAUAAUUCUGGACAAAAGGACUUUGCUCUCAAUAUGUCAUUUCGUGAUCCAUACACUGGCUCCAAUGCUUAUGUGCCUGGAGGACCUUCUUCCAUGUCUGCAGCUAUUUCAGCAAAACCUACUUUCAAGCACAUACCUAAGAAAGGUAUGCUUGUCUUUGAUGUGGCCCAGUUCGAUGGAAUUCUAAAAAAGAUUUCGGAGUUUAACAACACAUUUCUCUUUGACCCAGAGAAGAAGAACAUGUCAUUGACGGAUCUUGAGAUUUCCAGACUGGGAGCUGUUAUUUCUAUUUUAAAGGAUACAUCGCACUAUCACAGUAGUAGAUUUGCUGACAUUGACAUUGCUUUUUUGCUGAAAUUGCUAAAAUCAUGGCCACUUGCCAUGAUAUUUCCUGCUAUUGAUCUUAUGAGGAUGAUCGUCCUGCAUCCAGAUGGGGCAAAUAUUCUUUUGAAGCUUGUUGAUGUUGAAAAUGAUAUUCAUAUGGAGAUUAUUCAGAAAGCUACAGCAAGUCCUGCACUUCCUGCCAAUCUUUUAACAAGCAUCCGUCUUGUGGCUAAUUUGUUCAAGAAUUCAUGUUUCCACAAUUGGUUGCAGAAACAUCGAAGUGAGAUUCUUGAUGCAUUCUCAAGUUGUUAUGGAUCUUCAAAUAAGAAUGUCCAACUGUCUUAUUCUACCUUGAUACUCAAUUAUGCAGUGCUGUUGAUUGAGAAGAGGGAUCAGGAGGGCCAGUCCCAAGUUCUGUCAGCUGCUCUUGAGAUUGUGGAAGAGGAAAAUCUUGAAGUUGAUUCAAAAUUCAGGGCUUUAGUUGCCAUUGGAUCAUUGAUGCUUGAUGGCCUUGUGAAGAGUAUAGCAUUGGACUUUGAUGUUGAGAAUAUUGCAAAAGGAGCGAAGACUUCUAAAGAAGCAAAGAUUGCUGAAGUUGGAGCUGACAUCCUCUUGUUAACAAAGCAGAUCUGAUCUGAUAUGAUACUUGGUAUCCAAUUUCAUGAGUACCUUUCUCUCCCUCUCUCCCUCAUACAGGCUGAUUACAGAGUCGAUAUUUGAAUCUGUAAUUUUAGUUUUUCCAUUGACACAGGAGUUGAGAAUGAUUAACAGAUUAUUGUCAAUUCUUAAGAUGAGAUCAACAGCCAAGCUUGAUUGAGCCUAUGCUGCUAGUUUGAGUUGCUGAGAAACCCAAGCAAGUUGCAUUCUGCAAACGUUUUGAGUGAGUACACCAUAGAACCACAAGGUGGCAGAGAGAACAGGGAAACUGCAUAGCUAGAAGCUGGCUAACCAAGACAUUCCAGAAUUUUUUAUUCAAAAAAAGAAUAGCAAAAAAACGUUUUGUAUUGGGGAAGGUGUUCCCUUAAAUGGUUUAGUUGUAGUAGCUUUAGUAGCAGUAGUAAUCUGUACAUUAAGCCCAUGGAAUUUACUGUACCAAAUGCUACUGUUUUCGCUGGGGCAUAUGGCAUCAAAUUUGCUUUUCAUUUGUAAAAUGAAGUCUGUUUAUCACCACUAAACACUUGAAAAAAAAAAAUGAUAGAAAGGAUUGAAAACA